AGCUGAAUGUACACGUAGAGAGGGUGUGGUUAAAGUGUUUCACAACCACGAUGGAUAGAUGUGAAACUGAAAGCUGUUUCCUCAUUUUAACACAGGCUCAGGUAAGGAUCUGGUGUGAGAGAUGGCGUCUACUACGUACAUAGAGGAACUAACCUGUUCUGUGUGUCUCUCUCUCUUCACUGAUCCAGUUAGCCUCUCCUGCGGUCACUCAUUUUGUCGACAAUGUUUUACAAACUUUCGGAGAACAGAGAACAUGUGUCCUCAUUGCCGGGCUAGAAUCUCAACAGCUGAGGGAAACCUCUCAACAAACCACAUUCUGAAGAGCUUGGCCGACAAAGCUAAAGAGGAAGCAGUACGCGAUGAGAAGACAGGGGGGACUGACUGGUUGUGUCAUGACCAUGAUGAGAAACUGAAACUAUUCUGUGAGGAAGACCAACAGUUGGUUUGCGUCAUAUGCCGGGACGGGGAGAAGCAUGACGGGCAUAAGUUUAAACCUAUCAAAGAGGCAGCCUUAGCUAGGAGGCGGGAACUAGAUGAGGCCAUUCAGUUCCUCACUCGUGACAACAGCUCCGUGGAGCACCUGGCCAAACAACAGGAAGAAGAGAUGACAAAAACCAAGACUAAGUCCUGUCGGCUGAGGACUCAAAUCAGCAGCCAGUUUGAAGAGAUGCGCCAGUUUCUGAAGAAGAGGGAAGAACAGAUAAAGAAUGAGUUACAGGAGAAAGAAGAGAAGACCUUGAAGAAGAUGAGAGGGAAUUUAGAGAGUAUGGAGUUGAUACUGUCAGAGAGGAAAGAGAAGGAGGUGAUGAUGAAAUCUGCUCAACACAUCCCAGACAGUGAGGGUUUCCUUCAGUGGUGGAAUGACAUGGGCUUAUCUGAGGCACUGAAGGACAGGGACAUGCCACCACCAGAACGUCAUGGGGAGGACACGACUGAGGACGCCACCAAGGAGCAUCCAUACAAGUCCAGGGUAGAUGACCUCAAGGUGACACCGGUCUCCUUCUCUCUGGGGCCCUAUGAGUCUCACCUGCAGUUCUUUGUGUGGAAGGAGAUGCUGCAGGUAAUCAACCCUCUACCAGAGAGACUCACACUACAAACAGUGAGUCAGAAACUGACGAUCUCCAAUGACAGACGCAGUGUGUUUUGUACUCCCAGAAAUGCAGAGUCAGCUUUUUUAGUUCAUUCAGCUCGACAUCAAUCACAACAAUCAGAAGCAGUGAGUAACAGUAAAUUCAGCACUGGACAACACUGCUGGGAAAUAGAAGUGGGAAGUGGGGCUUUCUGGGAACUGGGAGUUAAAAAUGUUCAGGGGGGGUUUUGGUUUGAACUUUUUGGUUCAAAAACAAUGCGUCUCAGGUACAGAAAUCAAAAAUAUACUAUUCACGGUACGGUUACCGAAAAACAAAUCCCUUUUAGUGAUACACCUCGAAAGAUAGCGCUAUACCUAAAUUGUGCUACCACGGAACUCUCUUUCUACAAUGCAGAUGACAUGUCGCUUAUCUAUACUCUAGUCUGUAAUUGGAAAGACGUGUCAGCCUAUUUUAACAUUGGUGAAUGUGAUGGAGUAGAUUCUGACCCCCUGACAGUCUGCUGGUAUUGAUCUGCGUAUCAUAGUUCCCACUGACAGUCUGCUGGUAUUGAUCUGCUUAUCAUAGAGCCCCUGACAGUCUGCUGGUAUUGAUCUGCUUAUCAUAGUUCCCACUGACAGUCUGCUGGUAUUGAUCUGCUUAUCAUAGACCCCCUGACAGUCUGCUGGUAUUGAUCUGCUUAUCAUAGUUCCCACUGACAGUCUGCUGGUAUUGAUCUGCGUAUCAUAGUUUCCACUGACAGUCUGCUGGUAUUGAUCUGCUUAUCAUAGAUCCCCUGACAGUCUGCUGGUAUUGAUCUGCGUAUCAUAGACCCCCUGACAGUCUGCUGGUAUUGAUCUGCUUGUCAUAGACCCCCUGACAGUCUGCUGGUAUUGAUCUGCUUAUCAUAGACCCCCCGACAGUCUGCUGGUAUUGAUCUGCGUAUCAUAGACCCCCUGACAGUCUGCUGGUAUUGAUCUGCUUAUCAUAGAUCCCCUGACAGUCUGCUGGUAUUGAUCUGCGUAUCAUAGACCCCCUGACAGUCUGCUGGUAUUGAUCUGCUUAUCAUAGUUCCAGUCACAUCAAAGUAGAACAAUCUACACGUAAUUUUGACACACGAAAUUGAUCAGAAUCAAAGGGAGUUUUGACAUGCUCUGUAAAUGCUUUAGUUAAACACACAUCAUAGUGUCUCACAUUUUAUUUGACAAGCCACCUGUACAUUUACUUGUAAUCCUUUAACUUUUCAAAACCGCAUUAAGGGAAUUACUGAUUGACACUAGGGGGCAGAUGUUAUGAUUAGGAUUCAGAUUUGAGUUAUUGAGAUUUUACAUCACCACAACCCUGUGAUAUAAACAGUGUAUGUUUUGUGGGUUUAACGCUUUACUAUCUUGUAAAUAUGCAUUUUGUACAUAUAUCAAAUUAUUUCUUACUUGUUGACUUUUGUUUUUAUAAUGAACAAUUUCUAUUUUAGGAUUAGGGUGAGGCUUUUCAUAACGUUUAUCAUCUUCCUCACCUUCACACAUUUAAUAUAGCUUGUGUGCAGAGAACUUGACAAAUAAAAUGGUCUAUUAUUUUACCCUGA